AUGAAAAUUGCGUACGCAUACACUUCGAAAGAGUUCGAUGAUGCAGUUCGUGAACUUACAUGUCUAUCGCCCGACGCACACUCUUGGUUGAUGAAUAAGUCCGACGUUAAUCAUUGGUCGAACUUUUUAUUUAAAGGAUUGCGAUGGUGCGAGAUGUAUUCCAAUAUGGCAGAAUCCUUCAAUGCUUGGAUUAAAGAGGCAUGGCAUCUACCAACAACAAGCAUGGUUGAUUCUAUCAGGUUUAAACUUAUGAAUAUGUUAGCCGAAAGACGAGAACAAUCCAACAGGUGGGAUACACACCUAUAUCCUGAAAUACGGAAAAAGGUUGAUCAAAUGGUUGAUGAUAGUCGUUUCCUCAUAGUAGGGCGGCCUACCGAAGAGACAUACGAAGUCAUUGACAAUAAAAACAAUGCAGCUAACCUCCAGUCUCGUCAGUGUUCAUGUAGGAGGUGGGAAGUACAUGGCCUACCAUGCAAGCAUGCCUGUGUCGCGAUUAUGCAAAUAGACACGAAUGUCUAUUCUUAUGUCGAUGAUUACUUCACAGUGGAAUGGUAUCAUCGGGCGUAUGCGAAUCCAAUAUCCCCUGUUCCUGACAAUGACAAACCAUCUGACGACAACCAUCAACUACGACUUAGGCCACCAAUAUCAAAGAAACGGCUAAGUCGUCCAAGGAGGAAGAGAAUAGAGUCACAAGCCUUUGAUGUCCAUGAAUUACACUAUAGCCGGUGCCACGAAAGUGGUCAUUAUCGGCGAUCAUUACCUUAUAUAAUUUUGUCAACAUCAUCAGCCACAGCAUUGUCAGAUUCCUGCGCAGUUACAGCUGGAUAA